AUGUAUCUAUACCCUGUGUAUGUGCAUGCACAGGAGCUACAGAGCCACAGCCGUGUGUGCGUCGACGAUGAAGAGAGUUUGUUGCUGCUGAAGGCGACGGUGGAGCGAACGCGGCGUUUGUGUGGCGACAUCACCGACCUGCUGCUUGCGGUGUAUGUACACCGCGUGGCUGCGCUGUGGGGUCACCUCGGGGUGUAUAGACAGCACCAGCAGCAGCAGCAGCAGCAGCAGCAGCAAGAGCAGCAGCAGAUGCAGUGCGAUGUAUUCGCUGAAGGCAAAGUACGCAGCUCUCUUAUAUUUCAAUUAUCGAAGGUAGCACAGGUGCUGCUGAGAGCUAUAAGACAGCAGCUGCAGCUGCUGCAGCAGCCGCAGCAGCUGCUGCAGCAGCCGCAGCAGCAGCAGCAGCAGCAGCAGCAGCAAGAGGAGAUGAACCUUUUUGAUGUUCUUGUUGGGGGGUCCUUCACAGGCCGCGUCACUGUUGCUGAUACUCUUAGUGAGGCUAUACGCUCUAUAGUAAAAGCAAACAGCAGCAGCAGCAGCAGCAGCAGCAGCAGCAGCAGCAGCAGCAGCAGCAACAAGGACAGCAGCAACAACAGCAGCAAUAUGGACGAAGACAGCACCGCCAACAGCACUACCAACAGCACCACAAACUGCAACAGCAGCAGCAACAACAGCAGCAGCAACAGCAACAGCAGCAGCAGCAGCAGCAGCAGCAGCAGCAGCAGCAGCAGCGAGGAGGAUACAUACACCCCGUUGAUACUUUGCUGCCGCUCUGCUGCUGGAGACGAAGAGAUUUCUGCUGUGUACGAGCAAGACAGCAGCGUUUGCCUUUCAUCGCGAGUACAGAGCGAAGCAGUUUUUUAUCUGUAG